CACUUAAAAAACACUCACUGCUACUCUCUACUUUCUCUCUCUAAAACCCUCUUCCUUUUCUCUCUCUAUUUCCACUCCUUCUCGCUAAUUGCAGAUCAGGCCGUUGCGUUGGUGGAUUCGUUCCGCUUCGGAUUCGCUAUGGCAUCGGCUUCCUCUUCUUCCUCCAAACUCUGCUUCAAUUCUGACUGCAAGGAAUUGAAGCCCGAAAGACCUAAGAAAGGUUGGAGACUCCGUAGCGGAGAACUAGCCGAGCUUUGUGAUCGAUGCGGCUCUGCUUUUGAAGAAGGGAGGUUCUGUGAGAUUUUUCACUCAAGUGCUUCUGGUUGGAGGAGUUGUGAGACUUGUAGGAAGCGGAUUCAUUGUGGAUGUAUUGUUUCAAGUCAUGCCUUUGUGUUGUUGGAUCCUGGAGGAAUUGAAUGUUUUGCAUGUGCCCGAAAAAAUUUUAUUUUGCCAUCUAACCUGCCAUGGCCACAAUCUUUUUCCCUUCAAAGUCGUAUAUCGGAUAGACUUAGAGACCUAUCUGCCAAAGGUUGGACUCAGUUAGCUGGAUCAGGUCCUGUACCGUGGAAACAAGCACCCAGUCUUUUCAAUUCUGCUUCUUCAUCUGACAUGCUUCCAGACGUGCCUUCUUUAGUUGAAUUAUCCAAUAGCUUUGACAAAAUGUAUUGCAAUGAAAGAUUACCUUCUUCAACCUUGGAAAAGAAAAAUGAAGAUUUGUCUGGAAUGUCAGUUAACUGGAGUGUCAAGCUUGGCUCACGGGAGAUGAUGCUUAUGAAUGGAAUGAGGAAUGAGGACAAAUCAAGUUCAUGUUUAAAUAUGUGUCCACAGCCUCCUCUGAAGGAAGAGUCAUCUCCUCAACCAUUUGGUUUGCCUGUACCUAAUUCAUGUCAAAAUGAAAGAAAUGGUCAACUUGGGGUAACUGGAAGUCAACCACAACAAACUCCACCACCUCCAGGAAAGCAAUUUAAUGGAAAUAUGCAUUUAGCACCUGACUCAUCAUGUGAGGCUCAGAUACGCAAUGGACGGCCUCGAGCGGAUGCCCGAGGAAGAAACCAGUUACUUCCACGGUACUGGCCCAGGUGUACUGAUCUGGAGCUACAGCAAAUAUCUAUAGAUUCAAAUUCCGUAAUUACUCCCUUGUUUCAAAAAACCUUGAGUGCUAGUGAUGCUGGGCGAAUUGGGCGUUUGGUGCUACCCAAAAAGUGUGCUGAGACCUACUUCCCACCAAUUUCUCAGCCUGAAGGAUUGCCACUUAAAAUCCUUGAUGCAAAAGGCAAGGAAUGGAUAUUUCAAUUUCGCUUCUGGCCAAACAAUAACAGCAGAAUGUAUGUUUUAGAGGGUGUCACUCCAUGCAUACAGUCCAUGCAGUUGCAGGCUGGUGACACUGUAACAUUUAGCCGGUUGGAGCCAGAGGGGAGGUUGGUUAUGGGAUUUAGAAAGGCUUCAAGUGCUGUGCCAUCUGAUCAGGACAAUGAAACCAAUAAGACUGGAAAUGGAUUUUCUGCACAUGGUGAAGUUGAAUUGGCUGAUCCUAAUUCGUGGUCUAAAGUUGAUAAGUCAGGAUACAUAGCAAAAGAAGCAUUGGGGAGCAAAUCUUUAAUAUCUAGAAAAAGAAAGAGCAGCAUAUUGGGCUCAAAGAGUAAACGUCUAAAAAUUGAAAAUGAGGAUUUAAUAGAGCUGAAGAUUACAUGGCAAGAAGCUCAAGGUCUGCUCCGCCCGCCGCCUAGCCAUCUUCCAAGCAUAGUGGUGAUUGAAGGUUUUGAAUUUGAGGAGUAUGAGGAAGCUCCAGUGCUUGGAAAGCCAACAAUUUUUACCAGUGAUAAUGUGGGUGAUAAGAUCCAGUGGGCUCAAUGUGAAGAUUGUCUUAAGUGGCGCAAAUUGCCAGCAAGUGAACUUCUUCCAUCAAAAUGGACAUGUUCUGAUAAUUCAUGGGAUCCAGAAAGAUCUUCUUGUUCAGUUGCACAAGAGCUGACAGCAGAGCAACUUGAGAAUUUGCUACCUCCUUGUAAUUCAGCUGUUUCCAAGAAAAUGAAGGCCGCGAAGCAGGAUCCUGAUAAUGCUGAAGCUUUGGAGGGACUUGAUACACUUGCAAAUCUAGCUAUUCUGGGAGAGGGUGAAGCACUCCCAGCGUCUGCCCAGGCUACAACUAAACACCCACGUCAUAGACCUGGCUGCUCUUGCAUUGUUUGCAUUCAGCCUCCCAGUGGAAAGGGACCCAAGCAUAAGCAGACAUGUACAUGUAAUGUGUGUUUAACAGUGAAGCGACGUUUCCGUACCCUUAUGUUACGACGUGAGAAGAAGCAAUCAGAAAAAGAAGCAGAGACAACUCGUAAAAAGCAACAGCAACAACAUCCUCAGCCAUUACCUUCACCUGAAAUUUUGCUUGAUGAAGAUUCCUUGCCGUGUAGUAACACAGGUGAUAGUAGCCCGAACCAGAACAAAGAGGGUAAUGAUGGUUCUGAUGAUGAUCCAAACCGAGUAAAAUCAUCUGCUUCGCCAUUCAAAGGCCAAAUUGACCUCAAUAUCCAGCCAGAGCGAGAAGAAGAAUUAUCACCUGGGUCAGAUUCAGGUGGCAUGAUGAAGUUGCUCCAUGAUGCCACUGAGAGGUAUCUCAAGCAGCAGACUGUGAACUUGGGUACUGGAGACUCGUCAGGCAGUCAGUCACAGCUGGUGGUAGAUGGAAUGAGGGAGGAGAAACUUAGCAAUGGUGUUGCCCAUGGCAGCAGUAGUCAUAAUGCUGAUAAGGAACAUGUCCAAUCUCUGUCUAUGAAUGUGUGAAAAUCAUAUUGGCGGCAGCCAUAAUUGUUACUUUCAUGCAAAGCUAAAUUGAAGUGGGGAAAGAUUUUGCUGUACAUUUUAUCCACUUCGGCUUCUUGUUUUUUUCAUGUUUGUACAUAAAGAGGGGUAGGAAAAAAUGGUGAGAAACCAAUAUAUUCUGGUAAUAUAAGUGGGCAUCAUAGUGGUUUGUGUAGGAAAACUAUGAAAUGCAGCUGAUUGGGGUUGUAGGUUGGAGCUGUUUAGUUUCUUUUGAGAGCUCACCGUGCCACCUGAUUUCAACAACGUUGAAAAUGUAACUACGCCUAAUUUGUUCUCCCAAUUUAUUCUUAGCCUGUAAGAUGUUUUUGCUUUAUAGUAACUGCAAGUUCCGUUCUUUGUUUCUCUUGAUUGGAAAUUUCAAAUAUGUAGCCACAAUUUUCUGCAAGCAA